GAGCGCACCGGGCCUGCCGAGGAGCGCGCUCCCGGCCGGGCUCGGCGCCGGUUCCCCGAGCCUGGGCGGCCGCCCAGCAGCCCCCUCGUCGGACCAUGGCGACUGACAUCACUCCUGAAGCCAUUGGCUUCUUGUCUGCUGUUGGGGUCUUUAUUGUUCUUCUGGCCGUCCUCUUCCUCUUCAUCAACAAGAAACUGUGUUUCGAAACGAUAGGAGGCCUUCCUUUCCUGGAGCAUCGAGGGAAAAGAAAGCAAUCUAAAGACAAGACUGGUAUUCGCAAGGGGCUGGCUGGAAGUUUUGAGAGUGAAAUAUUCACAGCCAUUAAGAGACCUCCAAAUUAAUUUCUCAACAUGCUUAUUCUAUAGUUCACAUUCAAUCCAGAGCACUGAAGGAACUGAACAAGUGGACACUGUAGACAUCAGAUAGCUGGCCAUGGUGUUGGCCAUGGCGUCUCAGGAUGUUCAGAACUUCUUCCAGCCUUUCUCUUCCUGGAUAUCUCGGGUUUAUGAAGCUCUCCAGCAAGCAGGAGAUAUGUUGUCUGCUUCGCUGGUUAACGUAAGCAAACAAGACUCUAAAUUGAGUGACAAACUAGAUCAGGACUUAGAUAAUAUUCAGAUUCAGGAAACAUACUUUGAAGAUGAAGAACAAGACAAUGAUUGGAGUCAAGAGGAUGCAAAUUCCUUGUUUCUUGAAGUGGAUCAUUUCUCAUGUUGUAAUAGUGAUUUGCAGGACUCUGCCCAAAAUUCAAGCCCCAGGCUUAGCCAACAUGCAAAGGACUCAUGUUCCACAAUGUCCCAGUGGCCCAAUCGGGCCAGUGAUGACCACAAGUCACCACAUGUGCUUUCUUCUAUUGCGGAGGAAGAGCAUCACCUUGAAAAGCAAAGAAGUGGCCUUCAACAUGGCUUUGACAGCCAGCUCCCUGGUACUUUAGAAACUGUUAAUGGAAAAAAGCAAGUCAACAGCUUUGGGGAUGACGAAGAGCUGUCCACAUCUUCCGACAGUGACGAGGAGGUGAUCAAACAAUUUGAGAUUUCCGUGUCCCGGUCCCAGAGUUUCCGUUCAGUGACAUCUGAGAAAGGAAAGCAGACAGGAUUGGAACAGAAACCAAAAUUCAGCCGUUUGUUGUUGACACACGGAGAAGAUGGCACAGAAGUAUCUGCCUGCGAAGAUUUGGAUGGAGCCAGCCAACGGCGUUAUUCUGAGAAUCUCUCCUAUGGUGAAGAUGACCACAUCCCUGCUCACUCACAGUCCCCAUGUGAGAGGGGGGAUGCCAAACACCAUGGCACAUCUCACCAAGAGUCCAAUGUGGUCCAAAGCCUCAGGCGCCAAUCCACAGAGGGCAGCUUGGAGAUGGAGACAGCUUUUAAUAGCCGGGGAUUUGAAGAUUCCUAUGCCACUGACAGCUCCUCCAUGUGGAGUCCAGAGGAACAGGACAGGACCAAUUUGCAGGUGCCAUCCGGAGUCUCAGAGCCCAUCUCAAAGUGUGGUGACCUAGAUGUCAUCUUUGAAUAUAGAGCCUCCAGCCAGAAGCUCACAGUGACCAUUGUGAGGGCACAGGGCCUUCCAGAUAAGGACCGAAGUGGUGUCAACUCCUGGCAAGUUCAUGUAGUGCUGCUGCCUGGUAAGAAACAGAGGGGCAGGACGAACAUACAGAGAGGGCCCAACCCCGUCUUCAAGGAGAAGGUCACCUUCGCCAAGCUGGAGCCCAGAGACGUGGCUGCCUGUGCUGUCCGCUUCCGCCUGUACGCUGCCCGGAAGAUGACCCGAGAGAGAAUGAUGGGAGAGAAACUAUUCUAUCUCAGCCACCUGCACCCAGAAGCGGAAAUGAAAGUGACUCUGGUUUUGGAGCCAAGAAGUAAUAUAAGUAGUGGAGGGUCUCCGCUCAGCCCAUCUGCGGUUUCUCACAGUGAUAGUACUUCAUCCACGCAGUCGCUGUCUCAUGGAGGGGCGCCAGAGCUGUUGGUGGGGCUCUCGUACAAUGCCACAACGGGGCGAUUAUCUGUGGAAAUGAUCAAAGGCAGCCAUUUCCGAAACCUUGCUGUUAACCGAGCACCUGAUACAUAUGGAAAACUCUUUCUCCUCAAUUCUGUGGGUCAAGAGAUGUCCCGUUGCAAGACGUCCAUUCGGCGUGGUCAGCCCAAUCCUGUCUAUAAGGAGACCUUUGUUUUCCAGGUGGCCCUCUUUCAGCUGUCUGAUGUCACGUUGAUGAUUUCCAUUUAUAACAGGCGUACUAUGAAGCGUAAAGAGAUGAUUGGCUGGAUUGCCCUGGGCCAGAACAGCAGUGGAGAGGAGGAACAAGAUCAUUGGGAGGAGAUGAAGGAAACCAAAGGCCAGCAGAUAUGCAGAUGGCACACUUUGUUGGAAUCCUAGGUUUGCUUACCUGCAUUUGUGUGCUGUGUCCACCUUGGUUACCUGUGUUGCUGUCUACUGACACCAAGUCGGUGUGUCCUGGCAAGGGUUUCAGGGUUUCAAAAACAGAUUCCACUAACCCCUAGGACAUUGUGAGUGGGAGUUUUGGGUUUCUCAAUGGUUUGAUUUGGAUUUAAAUAUUGUAAUUUUAAAAACACACAUACACAGUGAAGUGUCCAUAUGGAAAAUGUUAGACCACAAUUAAGACCACUGAUGAGUUAAUUUGUGCCAAUAGAUCAUUGAAUUUUGGUUUAGGGUAUGGGGUGAAGCUUCUUCUGCUGUCUCUGUUUGCUUGAAGAGUAACCUGAGAUUGCAAGGGAGCUGUUAAAUGCUACUAUUUGCAACCAUUUAGGUGGAUGAAUCAGAAUUUUCUUAAUAUGGUACAAAAAACUCCAAAAUAUAGAAAUGAAUCAGAUGCUGAGCCUCAUAGAAGAAUCUAACUCUAAUGCAUAAACUCUUAUUUCACAUUUUUCUCUUUAUCAAAGAACCUAUUUACCUAAUGAGUAAAUAUUAUAAACUUGCACUUUUAAAAUAAAUUUGUAUUAAUUAAAUACCUCUUUUAUCUUAUAUUUUGUGGUUUCUAUGAGAUUUGGUUAGAUGAAUCAUUUUGAAGCAAGGAAAGAGUUCAGAAACUACUGUUUUAAGACAACUUGUCUCCUUUUGAAUAUGUAAGAUUUCAAACUUGUAACUUUCAAGGUUUUUAUGCUGUCUUUCUCACCCAGUAAGUUCUUACAGAAUAAGAAGAAAACAAAAAACAAGACUAUUUCAGUCAUAGAUUUAUUGAUUUUUCUGAUUCUGGUGUUCUUUUGGAUUAUACUUUUUCUAUGUUCAAUUAUAUAUACUCAUAUAUUAAUAUUUUGAAUGUACUGCAUGUAAAUCAUGCUCUUUUUAAAUUGAGUAUUUUCCAUCACUACAGCAUAGUAAAUUGUACACCGUGGGUCUUUAAUAAAUAUUGAUUUGAUUGACUCUUCAAAGUGAAAAUGUUAUAAUACCUGUGAAUGGAGAAAUAUUUUCAGCUUGUGUGGAAUAAUAUUAAGUUUUUCUUUGAGCAUUUGAAGUGCCUAUAACUGUCAUUUUUUAUGGCAUUUGCAGCAACAUAUAUUAGUCACUACUUGCAGUCUGGGCAUGUGCCACUCAGAACACUGAUCUUGUAUGGUUAUGAGCAUGGGAUUUUACUUGUGACUUACUUUUACAUAUUUAUGCAGUGCAUGUUUAUUUUCCUUAUUCUUAGGUCUGGGCCCUUAAUUUCAAUUACUUUAAAUUGGCUUUAAUAAAAAAAUAGGGAAAGAAUGUAUGUACAUUUAAUCCCUGCGCUCAAUGUGCAGCUCUUCUGAGCAAUUGCUCAGUCACCUAUUUUUAGUUUCUAUGUUUCAUUGUGGACUUUUUCCUGUCUGUGGGAAGAGUGAUAGCUAGUGAUGGCUGUAUACAGUUAAAAACACAUAACUCCUCCUCAGCUCCACGUUUUGACAGAUUGUAAGCGUAGGCUGUAACACUUGAAGAACAUAUUUAUUCCUUACAGUGUGUAAUGGUUAUCCUGACAAGACCAGACUAGGGCACAGGAUAACUCUACUAUGCUUUCAGGGUUCUGUCUUUGAAUGAAAUGAUUUCAUAGGGAAGAAUGAGAAUUUGCCAAAUAAAUUAAUACCUUAAUUACUUUUCAGGUCAUGGGAGUUUCAUAUAUAUGACUGCUCAGUUAUUAGGAAUAUGUAAUAAAACCAUGCUCCUCUGGGUUUUUACCCUACCUUUCUUUGGGAGAGCUCAGACUGCUUUUCCAGCAUUAUAUCCAUUAACUGCUGAGUGGUCUUUGCAGCGUGGCUAAGUCAUUGAGUAGAACUGAGUGCGAUUGAUUAAGUAGCAGCACAAAGAAUUGGCUUUUCACAUCUCUUUAUGCCCUGUGUUUAAAGGGAAGUGGAACAGCCUCACUAUGCUUUCCUUUAUGCAGUAACAUAAUAGCAGCAUUCAUUUUAAAAUUUACAUUUGAAAAAAAUCUGUAUAUAUUGUACAGACAGCCCUGAAUUUUUCCUUCUCAUAUUUUCCUGCUGUUGCAUCCUUGUUUCAUGGUACCCAAUAAUCACCUAUACUUCAUUUUCUGUUCCCAAGACCCACCCAUUUUUGAGGUUUUCUGCUGGUAUAGUGAAGAUAUUUGUGUGCUUGAUCUGCCUUCCAAUGGUCUGUUUAUGAUACAGUUUACAGGAGUGUGCAGCAUUUUAAGGGAAGGAAUGCCUGAAAAGCAUUUUUUAUUUUUAUAAUUUUACUAUGUUGGUGCUACUCACCAAAUAGGAUGCAUGUACAUCUUGAAUAUACAGCAACAUUCACCCUCAGCUGAUUGUAUAAAUCUAAAAUGCUGAAGACAAGAUAUAUAACAAUAUGUGGCUGAUUUUUUUUUUACCUUGAUUUGAAAUUCUAGUUUAGUAAGAUCUUUUGAUUUUGUGCACUUAAACUCCCUUAUUUUCUUGGCAAAGUCUAGACACAAAUGCAUUUAACAUGUUUUUCACUUGAGCUUUUACAUUUGGUUUUCAAAAGAGUUAUGAAAGAUAAUUAGUUGGUUCUGCAGUGAAAAAAAAACCUGCUUUUGCCUAUUUCUUCCGGCUAAUAAUUAAUAUCUCAUAGGGAGAUUUGACAUUGAAGCAGCACUGGUUUUUGUUGCUUGAGUAGGUCUUUCAGUGAUUUUGCCUGAAGAGCAGGCUUUUAAAAUAAUAUUGUUAAGAGUAAAUGAUGUGCUGGGUUGAUGGAAAUCUGCUUUAUAGUGUGCCUUCUUUUAGGGUGUGAGUUUACACUGAAUUGAGAAAUCCUGAUUUCACCAAUUACGGUGGUGGCUGUUGUACUCCCUGUUCCCCUCUGACUAUUGUUGAAUUUUUAAAUGGACCAUUCACCAGGCAGCCGAACACCUGCUCUCCGUUCCUCUCCUUCACUGGCUCCCAGUGUGAUGCACGUUGUUUUGGACUCUGUUUUUGCUGAUGCCGCAUAACUGUUGGAGGUGGGGGUGUCUUGCCUUCCCUAACAUAAGAAGAAUUUGUAAUGCCUUUGGAUGUAUUAUACUCGGCAUUCCACCUGCAUGAAAUCAGGGAAAAAAUCAUCACCAUGUUUUUGAGAGGGAAAAGAGUAUGGCGUUGCAUAGUCAUUCACUUUAGGCACUAUUAAUUCUGACAUCCUUCACUGAAAAUUAACUGACAUCGAAUGUCAAUAUUCUCCACAGUCCUAGGUGCCAGUGAGCCUGAAACACAGCUUCUGCCUUUUCAAUAUGUAGAUUUCAUAAUAUUUUACAAGUUAUCAUUACCUCUUGGGUAGUCACUGUGCUUUAGAUGAUCUUAUCUGAGAACCAAGAUUCUUUUCUUUCCAGAGGAAGUACUAUUUAAGUAGAAGCUGGCAUUAGGUUAAAUAAAGGUGCUCCUCUGAUAGCCACCAAUUUGAUUUAAUUGAUGAUUCGGUGUGGACAUCACUGUGGGUUUCCUAAAAACCUGGUUAUCCUUUUGCAGCAGAGGACUUAGUAUAUUAAAAGCAGAAAAGUGAGUAGGAAAGAAUUAUUUGUAAAUGUCAUAAAACCAGAUAGAGGUAUAUUCUUUACUAAUAAAGAAACAGGACUAGAACAUGCAUGUGGUAUCUCCUUUUACUUUUGAGGAAACUGUGGUUAAAGAACAUUCUAUUCUAUUUGAUCUAAGAACCAAGCAAAUGAUGGAUAACCCUGAAAUGGUAAAAGUAUUUUUAUCUUAAAAAUUAUUCAUUUGGGCAAAAUCAUUUACAACAAAAUAAAAAGGUCAUACAGCACACCGAUGGAAGAAUUAAAGAAUAAAUAAAUGUGCUGGAUACAUUUAGAAUCCUCCAGGGAGUAGCACGCAAGGAGAGUAAACUAAUAAACCAAAAGACGCAUAAGAUCAACUAGCUAUCGCUUUUCUAAAACUUGGAGAAUUCUGAAAAAUAUUUAAAGAUGAGAGAAACGAAACUGUCCUAAGACAAUGAGAUGGGCAUAGCACAGUGAAGUUGGCACAAACUGUGAUCCUAGCCUGGGUUUACAUGAAACUCUGCUGUGGGGCCUUAAGAAAAUUACUUAGCAAGCCUGUGUCCUGGUUUCUUCAACUGGAAAAUGAAAAUAAUACCUACCUCAUUAGGUAUCUGAAAAGGUAUCAGUGAAACCACAGAUGUAAUGUGCCUAACGUAGAACUGGGCAUUUGGUUAGCAUUCCAUAGUUCCUCCUCACAGUCAUGCUUGAAAAAGAAAAUAUUUAAGAUGUAUCUUCUCUUUCUAGCAAAAGUUAUUGGAACACUGGAGAAAAACAAAAACCAACUUUCAGAUGCUGUAAAAAGGAUAGGCUCAUGAAGCCAGGCUGGAUUUGUAAAUAAAGGAGGCUUCAUCAGGACAGCCUAAUCAGAGAUAAGCCUGGUAUGUGGAGGAAAUUGAGCCUUAACAGAGUCCAACUGUGGUAGAACCAAGUCUUUGCAUUUAUCUCCUUAGUUUGGAGGGAGUACACAUCCUUGAUGGUUUGCGUGUACCUCUUGAUCGAUCACGAACAAGGCUUCUCCUUGUCUCCAGCUCUCAUUCAUAAAUGGACAAGGCACUUUGUCGCCUUCAUCAAAAGAGUUGGUGACAAUGGCAGUUUGACUGCAUAUUUCAACUGUGAUCCAAAAAAGUAAAAUAAAUGACGUGAUACUACACUGACACUCUUUUAAAAAUGGAUAACACUUUCUUUAAAACCUACAUUGCAUAUCCAUUUUAUAUUCUGAUAGGCAAACAUUUUAAAAUACUCUAAUAACACGGCUCUCAAAACUUAUCUGUUUGACUGGAAUGCUCUAUUCAGAACAAAUUAUCGCUGUUUCCCUUAUGAGAUCAUAAUAAAAGAAAUUGAGUUGAUACUACUUUUUAAAAUGGUUUUUAAGAGUGGCUUGUUCUCAAAUGAUUCAAACCUUGAGUAAACAGGAGAGUUUCUGGAGAAUUUAGAAAAAUCUUUGUUGACAUUUAAUCUAGAGAAGUCUUCAUGAGAAAACCACUUCAAGUUUAGGGUAACCAGGUGCCAUGAAUCAGUCAUGUGCUACUUGUGGUUUUAAACGAAACAUGAUUCUGGGAUGGGGAAGUGCGAGGCUACACUCCUGAUAUAAUCAAAUUGCCAAAGCAUUGUUUUGAUUCCUAGGUAUCCCAACUAAGGAGAAACAUGAAGACAUUGGAGAAUCACUUAGCUUAGGGCCCUUAGUAGGGAAUAAUUAAAUGUGUAGGGAAGGUGAAGGAGUUAGAUGGUAGGUAAGAAGGCUGUGGAGAUUUCUAGUAACAAUGAUCCAGAAGUUCUAACCAGGGGGAUGGUGCGCACUUUCUCUUCUUGACCACAUGGAUAGAUUUCAGAGCAUCCCCCUAAUCAAGUCUGGAGAAUUGUGUGAAAGUUGUUUCUCAUUAUUUCAAAAUUUAUUCAUUGUCUAGCCCUGUGCUAUUUGGGCUGGCACAGAACUUAAAAUCUCUUUGGAGUGCUGUGAGUGCACAUUGAAGCAGUUAGUCAUCAUUAUACAAUAAUGCUUACCAAUAUACAAUUGUUAAGUUAGUCUAACUAUGUGCCAUAAACAGUAGAGUUCCUUUUUGUGAGUAUUGGAAGGUGAAAUAUUCCAGUAUUGGAAGGCUGAAUUUAUUGGGGCAAGCGUCUAGGAAGCCUGGGACUGGCAGUGAGCCUUGGUUGCAUUAUAUGGGAAAUUGGUGGGGGUGGGGGUGUCAGAGAAUCAUCAUCUUUGGAAGAUUUUUAAAAUAGAAAAAUGUGCUUGAGGUCUUGGUUCUGCCAAAGAAGAAUGAGAGGACACCCAGGAAUAUACCCUUUAUAAAGUUUCAUUCUAAUAUUCAGGUGUAAGGUUAAAAAAAGAAUCAACAAUAACACUCCAGGCCUGUCUUCUUCCAAUUUGGACAUUUUUUCCACAUUGAUUUUUCUCUGCAUCAUAGAAAGUUUUCUCUGAAGAGUUCCUAUUUGGGUUUUGUUUAGGGCUUUGGGGACGCCUGCAGGCUCAGAGGGAGUUUCCUCUCCUAUGGUGCUUUGACUGUUUUUGUUUCCCUUGGGUCACAAAACUGUAUCCUAGACACACAGACAAUAAUCACCUUAUAUAUAUCCACUGUGGAACCUGUGAAACAGCUCGAGGCUUUAUAGAACAAGCUCAUAGGCAGUCAUGGGGGUCUGAGGCACUUCUUGGAAUGAAGCUGCUAAAAUUGCUAACUGCUUUCCAUUGCUCACUAAUGCUGCCUUAAGGUUUCUCAGUGGGAAUUUUUAGUUCAUGCCUUCGAGUGACAGUGUUACCGGUUUUAUUUUGACGAUGAUGAAAAAGCUAACUUCCCAUUGUAUUGCCAUAUUUAUGCAUUAUUUUUGUUUACUUCAUUUCCCCCUGGAAGUAUCUAGUUGCUGGGAUUUUGUUUGUUUGUUUUAUACAAAAUUUAUUCAUUCAAAAAGAACUUUAUAGGUUGGGCAUGGUGGCUUACACCUGUAAUCCCAGCGCUUCGGGAGGCCGAGGAGGGAGAACAGCUUGCGUCCAGGAUUUCUAGACCAGCCUGGGCAACAUAGUGAGAUCUUGUCUCUACAAAAUACCAAAAAUGUGCCGGGUAUGGUAGUGUGCACCUAUAGUCCCAACUCCUCAGGAGGCUGAGGUGGGAGGAUUGCUUGAGCCUGUGAGCUCGAGGCUGCAGUGAGCCGUGAUCAUGCCACUGCAUUCAGCCUGGGUAGCAGAGUGAGACUGUCUCAAAAAAACCACAAGAAACAAUACUUUUUAAAGUGUAAAUGUUCCAGACUCAGGGUUAGGGGUUGGAGAAUGGCAGUUGGAUAAAACAAUUUAACAAUUUUUUUUUGUUUCUAAAUAUUCUUUAUAAAAACUAGAUUCUGAUAAGUAAUUUAGGUAAACAAUAAGAUAUUUUAUUAAGCUUGAAUAUUUGGCUUAAUGUAAUGUUCUGCAAUUGUCUCUUUCCCCCUUUGAAAGGCAGAGGAUUUAGGGAAGGUGAAAGUUAUUACCCUGUCUCUAAUUAAGAAAUAGAGACACUUGUUUGUCAGUCUAUGCUUCCAUUCAGUAUAAAUGGAUAUGUUUUGUAUCCGGGGGAGGAAAUGCAUCAUUCCAUUCCAGCAGUGAAAAGCAUUAUAGCAUCAAAUAGGAUAUUUAGUAUUUUUGACUUUUAUAAUUAAAUACCGAAUGCCCUUUGCAAGACAGUAAGUGAGACCCUGGAAUGCUAGGUCUGUACAAACUUGACACAUUUCUUACAAGCUCUGUGUUUUAAUAGUCAAAGGCAUUGCUACCCUUUGCUUUUUGAAAGAGUGAACUGGAAACAGUAGCCUCCAGAGAAAGAGGUGACAACCUAAACAAAGAGCCCUGCUUACCUCUCUGUGCCUAAAACUAUUCUUAAAAACUGAAGACAUGUGGGGUAUGCUUAUGAAAUAGGUAAAGGUCAACAUUGGGAGUGUCCCUACUUUGGCAGAUAGACCAAUACUUUUUUCCUAGACUCAACCCAUUUUUAAAGCAGGAGUUUUUCCAAUGGAGUGUUUAUCAUUCUACUAGACAUGUCUUAGUCCAUGCAAAUUAAUGCAAAAUCUUUGGUGGCCUAAAAAUUCUUGCUGAAAGCAAGUUUUUCGUGUUGCCCAGUUGAUAGUCCAUAACAAAAAAUGUACAUAUCUUGUUUAAUAAAAACCUUGAUGUUUAAGAAGAAAUAUCAGAAGUCUGCUGGUAAAAACUCUGAUUACGUGAGGAACAUGUACAUUAAAAGAUAUUUUCAUGUAAGUUAUUUUAAGAUAGUUGCAUUCUAGGGUCAUGUUUCUUUUUUUGAGAGUGUUUCUUUGUCAAGUUCCUUAUGGCGAAUGCCUUGACCAAAGCUUCCUAAUUUUGCCAUAUUUCCUUGUGGGUUAUGAUAAUCUUUAUUAAUUCACAUCUCUACCAAAUUAUAAUAUGGUCUUUUGUUAUGCCACCGUAUGAAUGCAGCCGCAAAUUCAAUUUUAUUGUGAAAUACAAAGUCUUUUCCAGAAUUUUAAAACUUAAUUUCAGUGUAGAUUUUAAGUCUGUGAAUAAGAAAUUAGUAUUUGUGUACCUUAUUAUGACAGAGGUUUCUGUUACAAUGUUUUCUGUUGUAGUAUUGGGAUAAGAUUUGACCUACAUUUUCAGGCAAAAGCUGGUCUUUGAGAUCUACUUUUUAAGAAAUUAAUAAAUUUUAUUUUUUAGAGUUUUAGGUUCACAGCAAAAUUGAUCAUAAAAUAUAGAGAGUUCUCAUAUACCCCAAACACAACCUUCUCCCCGUGAACAUUUUGAAUACCACAGUGGUAUGUUUGUAACAACUGACGAACCUUCAUUGACAUAUUAUUAUCACCCAAAGUGCAUAGUUCAUAUUAAGGUUCACUCUUGGUGUUGCGUAUUUUAUGGGUUUUGACCAAUGUACAGUGACGUGUGUUCAUCAUUGUAGUAUCAUACAGAAGAUUUUCACUGCCCUAAAAAUCCUCUGUGCUCUGCCUAUUCAUUCCUCCCUCCCACCUAAGCUCUGGCAUCCACUGGUCUGUGUACUGUCCCCAUAGUUUUGCCUUUUCCAGAAUGUCAUACAGUAUGUAGCCUUUUCAGAUUGUUUUUUUUUUUUUCACUUAGGGAUGGUCGUGUAAGUUUUCAUGUCUUUUUAGGGCUUGAUAGUUCACUUAUUUUAAGUGCUGAAUAAUAUUUCAUUGUCUGGUUAUAUCACCGUUUAUGACCUAUUUGCUUUUAUUUCUAGUUCCAGUUGCUAUGGCAAAUUUUAUUAAAGUGCGUGCUCUCAGGAAAGGCUUCAUAUAUUUUAUAUGAUCCAUCAAAUAAAAUGUAGCAACUUCCAGUCUAGAAUAAAUUUCACCUAUAUGAUAUUGAGCUUGUUUUACAUUGGAGGAGGAGACUUAUGAAAAAAUCUAAUAAUUUCAUAAUUUAUAUUACCCUAUCUACAAGUUUUUCCCUCCAUUGGAAUCUAAGCCAAAAGUUCUGAAGGUUACGAAGACGUGAUCCCAAAUUUAGUGACUCUGUAGUGUCUUCUUUUGUUGAGCAAUGAGUUAAAUAUCUGUCGAUAAAAACUGCUAAUUGUGUUAUUACUGAUUCAUGAUAGAAAAUCACCUUCUGUUGCUAGUUUAUAUGACUUUACAUUUACCACUCCUGCCAAGAGAAAGGAAGCCUUGUGAUUGUGCCCCUUCAUAGUUAAUUGUACAAAUCAAUUAAAAAUGGUAUGUAAGCAUCUGGCUCACACAGCAGCUCUGAAUUCUGAAUGAAAAGAUAACCCAUGCUAAUGUAUAGGUUGCAUGAACAAGUAGAUGGGUGUUGGAAAGAUAACACUGAUAGUCACUCCGGGUGAAGGGGGAGUCCUGGCCAAUGAUUUGUAUCUGAGAAACAUUUUGAGACUAUAUGUCUUCUGACUGCCCUUUGCUUUGUAGCUAUAGCAACUUGCAGAACCUGGCAUUAUUCCAGAGAUAAAGGUAUAGUUGUGUAAAGAAUAUUGGAUUAAAGUUGAUGAGGCCUAUGUUCUCAUAUCAAAUCUUCCACUGAUGAGCUCUAAAAUAUCAAGUCACAAUUUCUUCAAGCCUUCAUUGUUGCAUCUAUCAGAUGGGAAUAAUAAUACUUAUUUUACCUAUUUUUACCAGGUGGUUGUAGGAACAGGAUUCAUUCAUUCCUUCAUUAGUAUAAUGAACAUUUUGAGACCCCACUAUAUAUCAUGGCCGUAAGUAUGACAAGAUGAUAGAUGGAAAGACAUUUUGCUGAAUUUUUGAAGACUUGCAGUGUUUUUGAAGACUAUGGGAUAGCUUGUUAUUUUUAUAUGAAGGUCACAUCAACUCUUUAUGUCAAUAUAUCAAAGUAAUUGACACUUUUAGAGCUCUGCCAAUCAGUGGGCCAUAUUCAUAGAAUGUCAGUAAUUUGUCUGAAUACAAGUUAUAGUUGAAUGGUCUUUAGCCGCUCUGUCUCUGAGAUGCUAGAAAAAUUGGGUUCUAAUUUUUUUGUUCAAACACUGAUCAUGAAACAAAUUGCAAAUCCACAUUUUCAGCCAGUUCACCAACCUUUGAGUAGAAUGCAGACCUUUCUUUAGAACAAUCUGACUUUGAAUACAGGCAAAGUAUUACAUGGAAUAGCUUUUCCUCCCUUACAAAGUGGAUUUGAAUACAGUACUUAGAAAAAUUCUUCCACUGCCAAAAAAGGUCCUUCAAUCUACUUUAUCAUUUUUGUUCUGAAGAAUCAAUCUGGCCCAUCUCUCCCCUCCCAAGUAACUUUCUUCACUCGUAUAAUCAUUUUCUUCAUAAACGCCCUUUUAUUGUCUCCCAGAAAAAGUAAAGAUUUAAAACAUCAUUUUUAAGGUACAUCCAAGAUUUCAUAGCAAUAUUUUAUUUGUGUUCACAGUGCAAGAUAAAUCUGACUUUCUCAAUAUUUUUGGUCUUCAUAUGGCAUCUGAAACAGUUGUUCAUAUUCACACAUUUAUGUUUCACCAUAUGCAUACUGUGUGCAGCUCUGUUGUUCUAAAAUAUUUUAUUGGUUUUCCUUUAUAUCUCAACUUUUGAUGGGUGUCCUUGAAGAACUUUCAUGAAAAAAAUGUAAAUGUGAAUGAUUCAUUCAUUUUGAACAUAUGUAACUAUUUUAGGAGAUUUUCAGGAGAUUUUACCCUACAUGGAGUACACUGUUCUUAGCAGGGAAUGUGCUUUGUAUUACUAUUCUACUCACAGCUGGAUGCUGCAGAUGUAUUAACCUUGUAAACAUGUACUUUUUCUAUUCUGUGCUUACUUUAAUACAUUAUUUAUAUGUAUUAGACUGUGCUGAAUUUUGGUGGUUGUCAAAGGCAGUCAAUAAUUUUAUAAAUUUCACUUUUGUGGAUAGUUAAGUAUAACAUGGUUUAGUAUAAAAUCUGGUCUUCCUCUAGAUUUCUAAGUCACUAGAAGAAUUUCUUGGCAAAUUGAUUGUUCAAGGCCAGUUUUGUUAGUUGUAAGGUAGAAGCCACCCAGUCCUCUCCCAGUGUUUCACAGGCAUUUUCAGACCCGGAUGCUAUUACAGUUCCUCCUCUAGUUUUCCAGUAGAGAAUUCCUAUGUGGUCCAGAGGUUCGAGAGAGAGUGAAAAAAUUUCUCCUCAGAAGAAUUGAACCCUUAUUUUAGAAACUUCUGACAAUCUUCAGAACAUUCCAUGUGGGUGUCCUUGUGUUUCUCAUAGUAUGACUUAUUGAUUCAUGGUGUCUCUUAUUAAAGAAGCAUGAAUGUAUCACUAGCUGUUAUCAGAACAAACAGCUGUAGAAUGUAAUGACCCAUCCUAUUUCUAAAUUUACUUCUAUCAGUGGAUAAUUUGUGUAUAGGAAAAGGUGUGGAAGUUUUUUAAUUGUUAAAAACUAGAAUACCUUUCUACCUUUUGUAGUCUUUAAGAUUUCAUAAUAAUGGUUUUAAUGUAUUACUCUCCACUAUUAUGUAUUGUGUUUAAACAAGACCAAUCAGUGAAAUUUUGAAUGUCAAUACUUUUUUUUGUUAGAAACGCCCUUUGAAAAUGUUAGAAAAUGUAAAACUUUACCUGUGACAAAGAAUAAAUUCAUGAUUAGAAGAAUUAUACUGUUUUUCUUGUGCAAAUAAUACUUAAGGCAGAUGUUCAGUCUCACAGUGAUGUUGGAAAGCAUAUUUUAUGCAGUCUAAACACUAUUUCUGUAUUAGAUAUUUAAAUGCAUGAGGAUAAAUUCUAAUUGCUUUUUGUUUAAAACAGAAACAUAGAAGAAGCAUUAGCCCCAGUUUGUAUAAAAUGUCUGCUGCAACUGAAUUCAUGAUAGUUCAUGAAAACUGAAAAUCAUUCCAAUUUUGUAAAACUGCUGCUACUGGUUUUAUCAAUAAAGUUUUAGCAGAUGGCUUAUAUGUACAUGUGUGAAAAUUUUUUAUGUUAAAAAAGGAUACAGUUUUGCAGCAUCAACAUGCAAAUCUUAUGGGCCUGGAUGAUACUGCUUAUUUUAGUAUAUACAAAAACCAUUAACUUCAAAACCGUACCAACUACAGACAUAUAUUUUAGAACUAUAAGCAUUACAUGUAUGAUCCAUACAGUUCAUUUGGUUUCAGAGUGCUGUAGGCUUUUAUGGUGAACACAUAUACAAAUCAACAUGUAUCAGUUCAAAUGCUGGCUUGAACAUCAGGUAAGGAGCUAUAUAAAUGUAAGGAUCACCUGAAUUAAUUAAAUUGCAUCUAAAGAGGAUUCUGAGAAGGCAAAAUGCAAAGUGUAGGUGUUCAUGUAGAAAAGUGUAUGUAAUUCCUCAUUAGAGAAGCUCUUCUCCAGAGCACUUUCCCCUCUAUGAAUACCCAGUUCUCGUAAGUUUGCAAGGCUCAGAUGCAACAAGCUAGAAGUAGAGGGAGCUGAGCUAUAUAUUCAGACACCUACAUAGCACUCAAAACAUGGCUGACAUCCCCCAAACAGAAAAGCAUAGAGAAAAAAUUCUAUAGAUGAUUCAGUGACAAUUUUUAAACAAUUUUAAAAUUCUGUAUUAGUUGAGGUAAUGUUAUCUGUUGUAAUAACCCAAAAUGUCAGUUGAUUCACAUAAGAAAGGUUUAUUUCUCCCUAAUCUGGGAUGUUUUUGGCCAAUCAGCUUUCUUUCUAGCAGUAUCUCAGGGGUUGAGUCUUCUUUUGUGAUUUGGUCAUUCAGAGUCCUUAUGGACUUUGAAGGAAUGUAUUGCCAUACAAAUGGGGGAGGAAGAAAAGACAUGAGGAUCGAAUGAUGUGUUUUAGGGGACAGGCUUAGAGGUGCCGCUCUUCACUUCUGCCCAAACUCCAUUGACCAGAACUAGUCCAAUGGCUCCACCUAUAUUUAAGAAGGCUGGGAAUUGUAGUUUAUUUUUAUACCCAAGAAAAUGAAACAGUAUCGGUAAGACUCUUGUUAAGGCAGUAUCUGGCAUACUUACAUUUAAAAAAAUUAUUUGAAAUGUUGUGGUACUGGUGAUUAUUUACAAAAAUCUUGCCAAUGACAAACUUAUUGGUUGCUUAAGUUCUUUCUCACCCACGACAGCACUAGAACUCUAUUGGCUGAUUAAGGGUUCUACUUCUGCUUGUAUAUCCAUAGUCACCUUAGAUUUAGACCAUUUCAACACUGCGAAGGAGCACUCUUGCAGAGAAAGACCAUUUGAGUUCACAUUUCCGAAGCCACAGGGCAAAGAGUUUUGAGCUGGUAGGCUGAGCAAGGUUGACCAUUUCUACGUGUGUAUGUGCACUAGUAGAUACAUACAUAUAUGGCAUACUGGAAACAUUAAAGCAAAUAUAACUAUGAGCAAAGGAAGAAUAAUGCAGAGGAAACAUUUUUCCAUAUAUGAAUCUUAGAGUAUGUCAUCUGGAGAGCUUAAACUUGGCAAAUGAUUGCUAUCUUGUGACACUGCUUCAACACAGGCUUACCUGUGCUGAAAUGUUAAAAUAAUUGAGAUAGCCAUCUAUGACUCUGGUUCUUUGGUUCUUUUUUUUUUUUGUCUUUUGUAGUAAUUAAAAAAUUAUCCUGUGUAGCAUUUUAUUGAUAAGUCAAAUAAGUCAAAUCACAUGAUAUAUAUUGUAAGCUUCAUAGUCUCUUUACAGUUUCCCUGGGGUUGCCCCAGAAAGAUUCAGAAAUAUGGCCCAAGGGGAAGCUUGGGUGACAUUUCACAGUGCUGAUAAAUUUUAAUGUGCAUUCCACUACAUAAUAAAACAUCUGAUUCUUUUCAGCAAACAGAUAAGAAGUAGGAGACAGGAUUGGCAUUGUAUCUACGGUCAUCUCAAGGAGGGACAAGAUUGAGUGGUGAGAAGAUUAGAAUUUGGAUAAAUUCUAAGGUAGGUUUUAUGGAAUUUUAAUAUGUAUUUUAAAAUCCAAAAUUGUUUAAUGAAAGAUUCGAAUCUUACAAGGAGAAUUGCAGAAUUUAUCAAAUUAUAUCUGCAGACAUAAAUAACCUAGUCAAGAUUAAAAUCAUACCUGUUUUCUAAUUCCAGUUAUGCCAUCAAGGAAUCCUGUGAUCUUGGAUUACCUUGACCUUUCUUUUGUGUCUUCCAACAUCUGUUAUAUCUUGAGGUGGUCCCAGAGGAGGAGGGGAUUUGGCAAUUAUUUGUUAAGUUAAACUGACAAUAGAAUAGAUUUCCUAGGCUAUUCAGAUAAAGUAUAACACUAGACAUACCGUCCAUACUGGUCAAAUUAGCUAGCUGCUCCCAAAUACAUUUUUUUCUCCCUAGAGGUAUAGCAUGUGAUUAUGGAGGCUGCUUUUACCUGAGGUAGAGGAGUAUUUUAAGGAAAAAUGAAACAGUUCAUCUCAGAGGACUCACAACCACUUUAGAGGGUGUGGAAAGACGAGAAUUAGGAAAAUAUAUAAAUGACUUUAGGUGAGUAUUUCCCAAUACUAUUAAAAUGCAGUUAGUGACCUUUAUAAGAUGUUUUGAAAAGGGGAAAAAAGUGUCGCUUUAUAAACACAAUGUCUCGUUAAGGGAAUAAAACUAUUUUCUGUAUAAUAGACUUUCCCCCAGCCCCCCUCUUGUGCUUGAGUAACUUUAAAGACAGCAACUAGUGGCUGCCUUCAAGGUUAGUAUAAGUUCAUGAACUGAUAGCUCCGUAGCUAAGGUGAAAACAGGGACUUCAAACCAGGCAGGUGGAUUCAUCUAUUCCCAUGUGUUCUUGGUUACCUUUGAUGUACCAGGCAUUGUGUGCUAGACACUGGGGACACGGUGUUAACCAGGUGCACUAGCUUAAAAUCUGGUGUGAUGAAUAUUGUGAAAUAGGAUUGGUAGGGUGAAUUGGGAACGUAAUUAAGGGGCUAAUGUAGUCGGUGGGAGGCUGUCAGGAGAAGAGAAGCUGCUAUGAGGAAGUGGUAUUUAAGCUGAGACGUGAAAGCUGAGUAGGAGUGAGCCAGGUAAAAGGCAGGCACAUUAAGAAAGAAGAAACAGCAUGUACAAAAUACCUUAGGCAAGUGAGACCCUUCCAUAUUCAAGGAAACUGAAAAAAGUCCAGCGUGACUGGACCUUAAAGAGCAAGGAGGAGAGUGUUUUGAGAUGAACUGGACGAGAAGACAAGGCUGAUUGAGAUAUCAGCUGCAUCUUGCCCUUAUUCCAACUAAGAAGGAAGUAGCAGUGGUGUACUUCUGGCUAAGACCAUCUCCUGGAUUUGAAGUGUACCCAUCCCAAAGCCCGCUGUCAUACCCGAUAGCUGAAACUUUAUCAUCAGAUCUUCAAACCACUGUGGCUUAUGAUUACUUCUUCAGACAGUUCGGUUUUAGGUUGCCAGCUUUUUAAAUCUUAGGGCUAACAAACUGUUAGCUUUGCCGCAGGUGUUCAGUAGGUGCUGAGAGAGCAAGCAGGGUGACCUGAGAGUGGUGGGGCCACUGGUGUAGUCCCUUCAGCCUCACAGACAGACAGCCACCACAGGAAUCAAUGUAAUACUGCACAGCAGCCGUGCCCUGGCUCCAAAGACGGCAACUUUUCUUUCUAAUUGAUUCCCAGUAGUGCUCUCUUCCUUCCAGGCCCUGGCAUGACUCUACAGGGAACCAGGGAAGCGAUGUGUCUCUUCUUCGGUGCGAUUCUCCCUCUGAAGAUAGCUUUGGACAACAUUUCUCUACUAGAUUUUUCAUCUUCCCUUAUUCAAUUUGGCUUACUGGCUACCCAAAUUGCCCACUUUGAUGUUCUAAUUAUCCCCCAUCCCCAAGAAAACAGUCCUAUUUAACAACAACAACAACAAAAGCAAUGUAAAACAUAAAAACAUAGCUUGAGUGAGAUAUGAAAAAUUAUGCAACCAAUUGGGUAAAUUUAUACUAAAGUGUACAUGUACACUAAAGUAUACUGAAGUGCUAAAACACGCACACCUCUAGUCUCCUUUGUAAAAAAUACCUUUGCUCUUCUGCAUUUUCAUUUUAAAGAAGUUUACAUGUUGGCCUGAUGUUUUAAUUAGCUGUUGGACCAAAAUGAAGACUUUCUAAUUGUGUGAAGGACGUGUUUUAGACCACAAGAACAUUUUUUUACUUAAUCUGAGGCACCCUGCCAGUAGGCAGCCACAGACAACGCCAAAAGGAAUGAGACUCUGGGCUGAUUUUUAUGGAUUAGUUAAUAUAUCCCUCCUCAGAAUCUAUCAAGUGCUCAAACCUGCAGACACAAACACGAACAUACUAGGGAGGAGAGUCCCAGAAGGCAGAAUAUCCCGUACUGCUCUUCCCCAAACGCCUCACCCCGUCACACCCACGAACUCAUCCGGUUCUCCCUUCUCAGCGCCCUGCUCCAAGGCGAAGAGUAUCCCAGAGGAAGCAUCAGGGUCUAAAACAACAACAACAACAACAACAACAACAACAACACUGAGCCAAACACUGCUGCUUCCUCAGUCGAUGAAAGUGCCACCCCACCUCUCUCCCCAAACCCAGCCUCCGUAGGGGACAUCGAGCCUUCAAGGGCUGCAGCGAGUGACCUGCCGGUGGAGGCGCGGGGCCGCUCACCUACCCAGGCCCGUGGCUCUCGCCCCGCCCCAGCCUCCCAGUCCACUCCGCCAGCCCCAACUUAGGCGAGCGCAGUCGGGACCCCUCUGUCGGGGCUCUUUGUUCGCCGCCCCUUGGCGUUCCAGAGCUCAACCUUGCUCCCAGCAGCCCCCGCCAGCGCACUCGACCUACAGGAAAGUUGCUGCCGAGCUGUGGAGGGGCGUCAUCGCCUCCUAGCAACGCUCCUAGCAACCGGGUAACAUCUGCUCCCUGCGGUCCAAUGCGAGCGGAGAACAGCUGCGCGCCCGCCUAGAGCUGCGAACCGGGAGUGAGAGGCGCUUCAGAGACUGGAGGGACGGACCUGCAGGAGCCAGGGCUGCCCGCUGAGCUGCAGUUGCCGCUGCUGCCGCUGUCAGUGCCCGACUGAAGAGUGACAGCCGCAAAAGCAGGAGUGAGCACCGAACCCCGCGCCUCUACCUAACAGGUGCAUGCGCCGAUCUGGUGAGUGGACCCAGCUCGCAAGAUCUCAGGUAACCAUUCAUGAGCCUGAGGCUGUGAGAAAUGCUCGCUGUGCAAAGGGGAACUCUCAGCAGAUUUUCUGAAACUGUUCUAGAAAUACACUUUUCGGAUUGAUUCAGCAUUACCAGCUUAUCCAACAAAAGUAUUAACAUAUACAUUAACAACGUCGAAAGUAGCCUACUUUAAGAGAAAAUAUGCAGAAGAAGAAGAUUUACAUCAAGAUUACCAUGGGUAUUUUCCAAAACACCUGAUAUUACCUGAGGACAGAACUUGCAUUCUCAAACUUUCUCUGGAGAAGCUCAGGUUUCUUGAAGACCCAGAAACCUACUUAAGAAGGUCUGUGUUAAUUAACAAUUUGCUGAGGAAGAUACAUCUAGAGACGGAGAAAGAGAGCUAUGAAUACUUUAAAGAAGCUCCCUGUUAUAAGACUGCAUAUUCUGAUACAAGAAAACGGCUGAAGUUUAUGGUACAAGAAUGCUGUUCUCAGUCUCUCUAUUAUGAAGAGCUGCAUUCGUAUCAUAUUGUGCCUUAUGCUUCGGAGAAUGCCAUUUAUGAAAUGGGCUACACUAGCAGCCACUUGGAGCAAAAUUCUCAGUUGCUUAUUUAUAAAAUGAAUUAAAGUAACUGUUAAGUCCAUUGAUACUUUGUUUCUAAAUGCCUGAACUGUUUAUAGUGAAGAUGUUAAUAUAAGGCACUCAUUACCAGUGCACUUGAUAUCAAAGAUGAGAUGCAUGCUGAACUGAUUGGAGAGAACAAUGGUUAUUACUCAGCAGUCCUUAGAAUCAUCAAAUUGACUAGAAAAUAUGUUCACAUAUGAUAAAGCGGUCAAUUAGCGCUUUAGAAGCAAAGAUUUUUUUAAAACAUAAGAUGUGUAGGAAGGGGCCUACGUUAAAUAAUUAUGCAGGUGAAAAAUUUUCUUUUACGCCCUGAUUUCCAAAUUCUGCCACUCUUACUGGAAAGUAAUGAAAGUAACAGAUUAAAUUGAUAAUGCCAUGUCCCUGAGGAUGAAGGGUGGAACACAUUUAAUUUUCUGUAAAUGACAUGAGGAAGGGCUGGUUCUUUCUGAAGUGCUUUGACUUGUCAAGCAUUGUGCCAAAUAAUUGUUUGAUACCAUUUUCCUUUCACCAUUAAUAGCAAUUCAAGAUGGGGCAAAGACACUGCAACUAAACUGCUGAGUGUAACGACCAGAUUACUCCAAACUGAUCCAUUUUACUAUUUUGUGGGGAGGGCUUAGACUUUUCUCUUUAAAAGUGAAAUUUAACAAAAUAGCCUUGCAGAUGGGCUUAUCUUUAAAUUCUACAGGUUGGUUAAAAUUUGUGGUGGGCCUUUAGUUAGCAGUUUAAGUUUUAUUUAUUUAUUUUUUUUAUAGGCUGUGAAGCUCAGGAAAAGGGUGGGGAGGUAAAUUUGUUUUUAAUGAGUUGAUACUUUUUAGAAACCUUAUCUGCAAAAAUUAAUGAGAACAACAAAUUCCACAUGAUGUUAUUUCUUCAUCUAGCUAAGAGUACAUUUAAGGCUGCCUGGAUGAAACUUUGCACUGAUUUUUGUAUAAUAGCUGAUCAUUCACUAUUUGACAAAUUGUUUCAGAAUGCCUUUGGUGGUGAAGUUUAGAUAAGUCCCUAUGUUUUGCAAUUUGACAGAUAAUUAUUUAACAAGUUGGAUAGAUUCACGAAAUUGUUUGAAGUAGUUCAUACUGUUCUUUCAGGUUUGAGUGAGAUGUCUGAUUUCAAUGUCUGAAGUUUUGUCCUAUGGAGCGUAUCAUUUAAAGAAUUGUCAUUAACUGAUAAAACAGAUUGGAAAAACUAGGUGCCAAAGGUGUAUUUAAGAAAAUACCAAAGACUCAAAGAUGAGUGUUAGGAAGAUUAUGAUAAUGAAGAUGCGAAUCUAAAGUAAGGAUUGCAUAGGACAUAAGAAGAACAUGGUUAAAGGGGUUUGGAAUGAUUUGCUUACCAAUGUGCUUUCAGAACACUUUACACGUAAUAAUCAUAAUCAAGGGCACUGCUUUAAAUGAAGAUGCUACAGACCUUUAGGAAUCAUAUGCCUUGGAAAAAAAUCUAUGUAUGGUGACUUGUCAACAAAGUAUCUUCCCUAGUUGGAUGGCAUCUUGUAACCAAGAAGACUUUCUUCUAUUCAAGAGAAAUUUGGUUUUAGUUUUGAUUCAAUACUUGGUCCCUCUAAUUAAUCACUGGGGUGAUUAACAUGAAUUUAGUUGGUAUAAAGAGUAUUGGUUCCCUAAUUAGCCUGCAUUGUUGAAGACCACAUAGAUAUAUUAUUGAUAAGACUAUGAGGCUUAUGUUUAAUUACUCAAAGUAGGAAGAAAUGCUUUAGAAGAAACUAAAAAAUUAUAAUUUAGGUUAAUUUUUAAAGGCAAUUUAGUAUAAAUGAGUUAGCUUUGAAAUACAGAUUUAAAUGUUUAAAAAUUAAUUUGAGGGCAAGAUUUGAUACCAAAGUUUCAAAAAUUUUAUUUCACUGCUUAUAAAAUACUUAAUCAGAACAGUUAUUUAAAAAAAUAAGAUCUUAUUUGAAAAACUCCAAAUUUGAUGGGAUAGUUACACCAUCAUACAAUUUUAAAGGUAGAAUUAGCUUUCUAAUACUUUAAAAUAUUUUCUGAAAUGAGCAUUUGACUUGGUUUAGGACAGUGUCUAUAAGUAAAAGACACCAAUGGUAACAGAUAUGACUUACAAAACUGCCACAUAUCGAAAUUGAUUGAGGACUGAAAUACAUAUACUUUGGCAUAGAGAAGAGAGGAAGAGAAAAAAUAUGAAAAAAGUGUGACAUUGUAAUAUUUAUUGUAUUUAAUAAAUCUUGAAGAAAGAAUUCUUGAGCAAUGAACCAGUGACAGAUAUAAAAGCCUGUUUUAUUUGAUGACAUCAUUAACUGAGUUUUCUGAUCUAUACAUUCAUACAUCAAGAAGGAACUGUCUUAAAAACCAGUGGGCCAUUGGGUUUUUUUUUUUUUUUUUUAAGUUCUAGCAUACAUGUGCAGAAUGUGCAGGUUUGUUACACAGGUAUACACGUGUCAUGGUGGUUUGUUGCACCCAUCAACCUGUCAUCUACAUUAGGUACUUCUAAUGCUAUCCCUCCCCUGUGAUAUUUGUUAAUAUGCUUUUUUAAAAAAGUGUCUGCCUCGAAACAGGUAGUUAAAAAAUAUCUUGUAGGGCAUUUAAUUAUUUUUUCCAAGAAACAACUCAUAGAUAAGGGGUUGACUAAUGUUAUCUCGAUUUAGAAAAUUUGUAUGUAAAAUGUGUAAACUUUUCUGGGUUAACUAAUAGACUACCGGAAUUUUAGCACGGCAAACUAAUCUAUAGGGAGACCCACACACAGGCUUGCUUUGCUGACUACCCAGCGGGCUUUGUUACAGGAGCUGCAAAAGGUGGAAGACCAGUUACAACUUUUUUUUUUUUUUUUUAAACCUGGACAUCCUUUCUCUGGUGGCAAGAGCCAUCCUUAUGAUAAGGAAGGUGAGAGAGAAAAUGGAGAGCCUUUGGUAAUGUUGAUCUUUCUUGUGGGUGUCCAACUAGCCUCAAGGCCAAGUGAAGAAGAAAAUAAAAAAGUAGAAGAGGAAAAAUGAAGAAAAGAGGAAAAAGAAGGCAGGGCCAGAGAAGUAAACAGUAGGAUUAGUAAGUGAAAGAAAAAGUUGCUUUGUUGUGUGGGGGGGUGUUCUUGCUUGCUCUACUCAAUUUUGCUUUCCCGUGUCUGCUGUACACAGAACACCUGAUCUCUGCAAUGCAUUGCUCCUUUCUUUCAUUCACGUGUGAUGAGUAAGACUAGAUUCUUUUCAGCAUAUCUACUAUUUGCAAAGUGUGAACACUGUAAAAUAUCCCUGAAACUGAGCUGUUUGGGUGGAUAAGCAAAGGAAAAAUAGAAAGUAAUUAAGGUUAGGGAAAGGCUAAAGGAUAAGCCUGUGUAUAAAUGGAAAAUGGAUAAGUUCAAAUGCAUUAUCUGGUUUCAAUGUAACACCCAAGAUUUAACAAACUCAGUGCUAGAAGACUUGAAAAUAAGUGCAAUUUACUACCAUUUAUUGAGCAGCUGUUAUGAGCCAGGCACUGUGCUAGGGCUGGGGAUACAUAAGUGAAUAAUGCACAGUCCCAGAAAUCAGAUUAUUUGGUUUUGUUUUACCAAAUCCAAAUGCAGCACCUGCAUUUCCCUUUUCCAAACUGGGAUGGCUAUCAAACAUGUCUUUCAAAAAGUGUUUACAGGUGAGAAGAUGCACAAGGUGAAGGAAAGUUUUCCUGACCCAGAUCUUAGAAGGAAGGGAGAGGAUACAUUUUGCUUUACAGCAUAUUUACUGUUGGCAAAAAGCCACUAUUGCCUAAGGGAAGUAUGGCUGACCUUAGCCCAUCCCUGGGGCAUAUCUCGUGGGUGUGGUAGGAGACCAAUCAGGUAGGGAACAAUUCCUUUUCCCCUUACCUAUCUGGCUUCCGUGUUCUUUUAUGGGACAAGUCAGAUUAAUAUUAAUGUUAAGGAGAGCCUUAAAGGAGAAAGAGAAUCAAUAAAUCAUAGCCUGAAAGUUGUGUAUAUUGUGUGCAAGGUCAGAGGGGCAGCCUUCUUUAAUUUGCCUUGUGCUAGUGAAUUGCUUGAAUGAACUUCAGUAUUUCUUAACACCAGGUACUGGAGCCACCUUCCUUCUCUCCCUGUGGUUUCCUCUUUAAAUCACAUCCUGACCCCAGUCUUUAUAGUCCGUUGUAAGUGGAAGUUAUAGUUCUAUUCUUCACCCCCAGCUUGCUCCCUAUCAUUGAUACUUAAGAGGAAAGUAACAAUUUGCAGUACUGGCUGAACUCCUUUGGGAAAGUUUCUGGAGUGUAUCAAAUAAGAAUUCAUCAUAGUAACAUGGUCAUUACUGGCUGAACAAAAUUCUUUUUGAAACUAUUGCACUUAGUCAUUAAAUAAUUGUUUACUAAGGCAAUCUUCAUGUUUCUAGAAUUCAGUGUAAUAGUUAACAGUUGUAUAUGUCUCACAAAAGAAACUACUUAGGUUGGAAACAAUGGAAGGUUGUGUAAAAUUAAUCAGGUCCUGAAUAUUUAUGUAACAUAUGGCAUUUUAACUUAUAUGUUCUCAUUCUCAAACUUCAUUACUAUAUAGCAGCAACAAGACAAAUUUCAGGUUUUUUGUUUCUUUAUUAAGUGGGCCAUGUCUAAAAGUUGUUACAUUCCUGAUUGAAUGUUAUGGACAAAAUUUCCCCAUUAAAGUAGUUUUGUCUGUCUCGAGGAUUAUCCUUUAGGGUUGGGUGGAUUAAAAACAUUACAUUAGUGCUUCUUGAGCUUACAAGUCACUAGGGAUCUUGUGAAAAUACAGAUUCCUUUUAGUAGGUUUGGGAUGAGGAAUGAAGGUCUUCGUCUCUCAAAUGUCCCAGGUGAUGUGGAUGCUGCCAAUCCAUCGACCACACUUUGAGUUGGGAGAGUCUACAUCAUUGGAGAAAUAUGCAGACUGAAGCCUAUACUCUUAAACUUUCAAAGACUCUGUGUUCAUGUCUGUGUUCUGCGGGAUUUUUUUUCUUUUAAGAAAUAAAAUGCAUGAAGUAAAAUCAGAAAACCAUAACACUAGUUUUCUAAAUUUGCCACAAAUAUUAUAAUACUUUGCAGAGUAAAAUGCAAAGAUUAUUCCUCUUACACUUUUUUUCUCUAUAUCAAGUGCAGGAAAGGAACAUGGAUAGAGUCAUGUACCAUUCUUAUCAGUCAGGAGAUGACACAUGCAAAUUUCUCUUCUUGAUUUUCCUCUUGAUUAUAUUCACAUAAGGGAGCUCCAUUUGGUAACAAAGAUGAAAUCCUGUUCACAUUUAACAAGAAUUUAGCAAUUUCUUGCUUGGCAAAAUCUGAGACAA